AUGGUCCAGGGCGGAAGUGGUCUUGCUCCCAAUAAUGCGGGAUUGUGCGGGUGCUGCACGAAGCAUUCCAAAUUUCUGGGUAAACUUCGAACGAGUGUCAUUCUUACAAUUACGCUGCUUGUGUACCUCUUCAUGGGGACGUUUAUAUUCCAAGUUAUCGAAGGGGCAGGGACCAGCAACAAAUUCUACGGUCGUGUUCCAGAGAUACGAGACAACUUCACCGCUGAACUCACUCAAUCAUGCAACGUUCUGGGAGAAGCUAAUUUUAGUGAAGUUGCUUCCAAACUUUUGAAGCGAUUUGAAGAUAUUUUGCAGAAAGCAAGCGUAGGUCCGACGGGGGCCGAGCUCUGGUCAUGGACAUCAACAUGUUUAUUCUGUGUCUCUGUUAUCACAACGAUAGGCUAUGGUUACUUGGCACCCGUCACAGUUGGUGGGAGAGUUUUCUGUAUGAUGUAUGCUUUGGUUGGGAUACCCCUCAAUUUGGCAUUCCUCUCUUAUGCUGGAGCCGUCGUCGCCAUGCCGUUUCAAUUCGUCAUCGAAAGAUGCAUACAGCACAUGUCAAAAACACACAAUCAAGUUAAAAGACAGGUUAGCAAUAGCUAUAUAACUAACCACCAAACAAUUAUGGAAAUACCUGCCUCGUAUGAGUAUACAACAGAUACUCAGAGUAUCACAGGCAUAUCACGUGACUUCACCGGGACUGUGACGAACACACCAUGUGAGAAAGAUGCGACUUGUCAGAGGAAAGGUGCCGAUGCACGUACUUGUACACACACGGAAGGAUACACGAAUUGGAGUGCAAUGAAUACCAUUGAAACUGAGAGUAGGGGAACAGAGAACGCUCAUGACCAGCCAUCUAUGGAUGAAACACCAGAAGGUGUUCAGGUUCAACUAUCUACGGAUGAAAUACGUCAAGGUGUUCCGGAUUUCUCAACACCCACAACAAACUGUGAAGACUUGAAUAAAAGUGCGAGCCAGGGGAAAAUCUACAUUUUUCGGUGUAGGAAAAUUGAAUACAAUUCCCCGAGAAACCUUAUAUUGGCGCUAACGGAUGAUGCUGAUCAGAACAGUUCUGUGACUAUUUCGCCAUCAACAGAUGAACAAUCUUACCUCUUACUCAUAACGAACCAGCCAGGCAAAACACCCCAUACGCUACCAGAUGCGAUACAUGAACAUAAAGUGUGUGAUAUUCAGUAUUUUGAUAUAAUAUCUCACCAGACAGAAGCGGAAACUAUGACAACAGAGGUCAGAAAAUCAUCUUCAAGUCAGAUGUACGUAAGGCAAGAAAGGAUCGCUGCGCAAACAUGCAGUAGCACUGAAGAAGAAAGCAGUGAGAGUUAUAACAGCGUCCCAAUCUCCCUUCUUGCAGUUAUGCUUAUUCUAUAUACAUGUGUUGGUGCUGCAAUAUUUAGGCUCUAUGAAGACUGGAGUUAUUUUGAUUCAUUUUACUUCAGUGUCAUUACUAUAACAACCAUUGGGUUCGGCGAUAUGGUACCAACUUUGGAGUUCACUUCAGGCGAAAAACAACUAGGAGCUGCUUUGGUUAUGGCGUACAUAGUUAUUGGUUUAGUUAUUUUAUCUGUUUGUUUUACGUUAUCUGAAAAAAAACUCAUAGCCAAAGUCAAAAAACUGCCGGGAAAGUGUAAGAAAUGUAGUAAAGACUCCGAUUUAUAA